AUGGAAGAAGAGACAAUUUCUCAUAUGCUUUGCAAAUGCUCCAUUGCCCAAGUGGUUUGGAAAAGCAGUCCUCUCAGGUUGACUUUUCCAGACUCUAGUUCUUGUUCAUGGCAACACAAUUGGUUAUAUCUUCUGAACUUAUGGCACGAUCAUCAGGCCUUGGAAAGGUGUCUAAGUCUUGUCUCGUUUAUCAUGUGGCAGUUAUGGAAAGGGAGAAAUGAUUGGCACUUCAAUAGCAAAAAAUGGUCUCCCCACGACAUCAUUGAUCGAGCUUUAUUCAACUUCCAUGAGUUCUGGGCAGUCCUCCAUCAAGAUGCUUCCAUUUUCAGUCCCCAAUCUUUCUCAUCCCCCCAUCCAUCUUCUUGGCAAUCCCCUAUUUUGGGUAGAUUAAAGCUAAACAUUGAUGCCGCUUUCAAUUCCAUCUCCCAUCUCGCGGGGGUGGUGCCAUUCUCAAGGAUGACAAAGGGAGACCGGUUCGGUGCGCCUCUCUUUUUUGAGAACGUGGGAUCGCCUGCAGUGACAGAAGCUCUUACUUUAAGAGAAAGUCUGAAACUUCUAUCUUCGUGGGGCCACACAAAUGUUGAUAUUGAAAGUGAUAAUCAGCGCAUUAUGCAGCUUCAGUCGGUGGAUGGUUUCUCCUUUAUUAUAGUAGAGGAUAUUGCUUGUUUGUUGCCUCAUAUGUACUCUUGGAAGCUUCUCUGGACUCUUAGAAUUUGCAACAGAGUCGCUCACUUCAUUGGCAAAUGGGCUCUCAGGUCUAAGUGUAGUGAUCUUCAGUGGGAUGUUUGGCCUCCUGGUUUGAUUCAAGCCAUUGAGGCUGAUCUCUAG